CGGGCGGAACGGCGGCGGCGCCGGGCGGAGGUGCCCGGAGGCUGCGGCGGGCGGCACCCAGGGGCAGCGGUAGCCCCCAGCUUUCCGGGUCCCCAGGCGGCGGCGGCGGCGGCUGCGUGGGCGGGCAAACAAAGCUGAGCUGGCUAUUCCAGAAUGAACCGCAGCUCUGAGAAGGGGAAAUAGCAAUCCAGCUGGCUGUCUGCCAUGGCCUGUGAACCGCAGAUGGACCCCGGUGGGGCAUCCGGCCCACUGCCCACCUCCUCCCCAGGCUGGAGCGCCCUGCCGGUGGGGAGCCCCUCUGGCUGGGGGCAAGAGCUCCGCAAUGGCCAGGUCCUCACAGUUCUCCGCAUCGACAAUACCUGUGCACCCAUCUCAUUUGACCUGGGAGCUGCAGAAGAGCAACUGCAGACCUGGGGCAUUCAGGUUCCGGCUGACCAGUACAGGAGCUUGGCCGAGAGUGCCCUCUUGGAGCCCCAAGUGAGAAGAUACAUCAUCUACAACUCGAGGCCUAUGCGGCUGGCCUUUGCUGUGGUGUUCUACGUGGUGGUGUGGGCCAAUAUCUACUCCACCAGCCAGAUGUUUGCCCUGGGGCACCACUGGUCGGGCGUGCUGCUCGUGACCCUGGCCGCGGCAACCCUCACUCUGACCCUCGUGCUCAUCUUCGAGAGACACCAGAGGAAGGCCAACACCAACACGGAUCUGAGGCUGGCAGCUGCCAAUGGAGCCCUCCUGCGACAUCGGGUGCUGCUGGGGGUGACAGAUACGGUGGAAGGCUGCCAGAGUGUGAUCCAGCUCUGGUUUGUCUACUUCGACCUGGAGAACUGUGCGCAGUUUUUGUCUGACCAUGUCCAAGAAAUGAAGACCAGUCAAGGGUCCUUGCUGAGAAGCAGAUUGAGUCGGUUAUGCGUGGUCAUGGAGACUAGGGUGAACUCUGAGACGGCAGAGGGGCCUGAGAACCUGCUGGAGGAAUCUCCUCUCCUGCCCAGCAGCCCUCGUCCCGAGGAGAGGCCGCUCAUGCAGACAGAGCUUCGCCAGCUCAUCCCUGAGGCUGAGCCACAGGAAAUGGCCCAGCAGCUGUUGGCAGUGUUUGGUGGCUACUACAUCCGGCUCUUGGUGACCUCCCAGCUCCCCCAGGCAGUGGGGACACGACAUACAGACUCUGCGAGGGUUCCUUGCCCCUGCCAGGUCAUAGAAGCCCACCUCCUGGGCACGGGGUGCUGCCCGUUGCUGGCCAGGUGACCCUAAGGACAAAAGUACUCAUCUUUCUCCAAGACUGAAGGUGAGAAGCACGGAAGGCCCCCGGAGCCCCCAGAAGGCCGAUGGUGAGCCCUAGGUCAGGAGAGAAGUGUUUGGAGACACCCCGAACAGUGUCCAUCAGGUCAGCAAAGGGAGUGGCGUGCUCAAGUCCAGGCCCUUGCACAGAUAUAGCUGGUUGACAUCCCGUGCUGACACGUGGUCUUUUCAGAAGCUGAUGGUUGCUGAGCUGGUCCUACCUCAAGCCACCCUCUGUGCUUCUUAGAACCAUCAAUGUGGAAGGAAGGGGCAGGCUCCCUUCCCUUUCAUUGACUGGAGAGUCCAGGAGAUGUGAUGAUGGCCAGUCUGGGGAGCUCAGUGGUCCAAACUUGGUCCCCAGUGAUGCUCCCAGCCCCAACCCCUUCAGGUCAGGUGGGAUAACUUUCUCCAUGGCAUUGCUGCAGACCUCUAAAAUUGUGACUGCCUUUUCCCUGUCUGAAGAAAAGAUAUACAUUUUUAUAAUUUCUUCUCUUUUUCUUCCCAAUAUUUUAUCAGAAACAGUGGCAUCUGUGGUUGUUGUCUGCUAGCACACAGGCUUGCAGAAGAAAGAAAAAUAAACAGAUGACUCUUAAUCGGAAUAUUUGGAAGAGACUGAUCCUGUUUGUUUUGAGAGCUUGUUUUGUUCAAAGACAUGAAUGCUUGUGGUUAUGGUUUUAUAGUAAGGUCUUAGAGCAACAGUCAUGUUGGCUGACAGUAACAUUGGAUGGAAUGAACAUGGAAUGAAGUGUGUAAAUCAGUCACUUGUGAAGUUCUGUGAAGGGUUCAGAGGCUUCCAGGUGUACUGUUUCUGAACAAUUUGGAGGACCCUUUGCUCCAUAGACCCAAAUCCAAAAGCCCUGGCCUGACAUCUAAGGGCUCCCCAUCUUGCAAAACCUGACCUUCACCUGUCAUUUUGGCUUCAUCUCCCACGAAACCCUUCCAUAAAUUAAAACUUGCCUGGACUGACGUACCUAUUGCGUGCUACCUGUUGGACUCCUAUGCAUGCUUCAAAGCCCAGCUUUACUCACCCCUGCUCCAGGAAGGCUUCCAACACAGCGAGCCUGCUGCUCUCUCCCUCCUUAAAAUUCUUGAUGUACAUGCUGCCUGUACUUAAAUGUUUUGUUAUUGAUUCUAUUUUCCUGUGCACCUUCCUAUAUUUCCAGCUAGACUGUGAGCUCUCCAAGGACAAAGUCUACAUCAUAUACUAUUUGUUCAUGCCCUAGAACUGUUAAGGAAAAAGAAAAUCUGUGGAUUGAUUGCAGUGCCAUCUCCAUAGCAGCUUCACAAACUGCUGCCCCGACUUAGUUGAAUGAUGAGGUUGGUGCAGACCUGGGUUCUGGUUCCGACUCUGCCACUUGCUAGCUGUGUAACUUUUAUCAAGUUUCCCUUUGCUGGGCCUGAGUUUUCUUAUCUGUAAAAUGGGUUGGAGGAUCAGGUGAUUCUGAAGGGCCCUUCCAGGGCUGAAGUUCUGGGAAUUUCCAGACUGAUCGGCUCCCUCCCGGCCCCUGGCCUGUCUGUGAUGCCUCUCCACAGCCCCACUUGGCUGGGGAGUCCCAGGCAGAGCCCAGGCCCAGCUGGCAGGAGACCUGGCUUCUUGUCCCAGAUGUUCUGCUCCCUAACUCUGUGACCUUGGUGAGGUCACUUAACCUCUGUGAGUCUCAGUUUUCUCCUUUAUAAAAUGCAUGGGUGACAUGGCAUGGAAGAAAUGGUUCUGACUUUCUCUAUGCCAGAGGAGGCAAUGGCUAUUUUAGGUGUUUAUCUUUAGCUGGUUUUGCUAAAGAAGAAUUAUUCAUGAAACCAAUCACUGCCUUUCCGACCUGACAUCGAGGAAAUGGAAAUGUAGGCUGACAAGGUGAUCACUAGAGGCCCAUAUUUAUCAUCCAGUCAUAAAACCCUAAUAAGUAUAAGACAAGAGAAUAAAAAUUUGUCAAAUGCAAAGCAGUCGUUUUUCGAUUUUAAGGUCUGCCUAAAGAGCCCUUGAUGUGUUAUUUCUUGCUUUUUCCUCCCUUUAGAGUUUCUGGGGGGGUCUCACCUGGUGGGGCGGGGUAUUCACGGUGUGCCCGGGUUGUGCAUUUCUUUGCAUCAGUGCCUCAGUUUCCUCAUUUUUAAAACCCCAUUGAUCUCUGCCUUGCCUUCUCUGCAGGGUUACUGCAAAGAUCAGAUAACAUGAACGAACUUGCUCUCUUAAGUUUUAAAGCUCCGUGUUGCUGACAGGAGUGGUGAUGGCAAAGAUGGGGAGAUGUCACAAGUGGCUGUGAAGAGGGUUUUUCCAGCUUGACAUAGUCCCAGAUGGAAUGAUCGGCUGUAUCUUUUCAAUUUGACUUCACCACCACCUCCUUCUCAGUUCUCUGCAUUGCAAAAGAGAAGGCAGGAAACUCCUUUCCCAGGAUCUCCUUCCCUGCAUGGUUCUGAGUUAGAACUUACCAGUUUUACUUAAGAAAUAUAUUGUAACUCGGAGCCACUUCCUCUGUCCUUCCCAGUGGCCCUAGUUUAGGGUGAUGGCCUCGUAUUGGAUGUUCCUAUCAGUAGGGGUCCCAUCAGAAGACAGAAACCACCUAGUAAUGUGAGCAGCAAAGUUUAAUAUAAAGAAAUACUGACUCUAAUGGGGUUGGAGUGAUGGGGGAUUGGCUAGUAAGAAGUAAAGAGAACUCUAAAGAAUAUAAUGGUAGCAGAUGUAAGGAGCAGCCACCAUGCUCUGGGCUGGUGGAGCACCCCAUGCAGAGUCCCCACACCCAUCCCCAGCUAAGAUCCAGACCUUGUUGGGGAGGGCAUGGCUUUGGCUCACUGCAUGAAAGAGAAGUCUGAGGUGUCACAGAGGCAGGAUGUGCUAGAAAUCUGCCCUCUGGACUUGCCAGAAAUCUGCCCUCUGUGGUGCCAGGGGAAGUCCAUGGAGAGGUGUCUCACUGGAGGCAUGCCCCCAUUUGUGGGGGUGGUACCGGCAAUCUGCUGGCUCCUGAGUGUCGCUCUCCAUCGUGUACUGUGGGAUCUGCGUGCUGGAGGAAUCUCCUGUGCUGCGGAGCCUGAUGUCGGAGAAGGUGCCUGCGCUGCGAGAGCUGGGUGUUGGGUAAGCUGUGGGCUCUGCUGGAGCCAGAUGCUGGAGAAGCUGCCUUCGCUGCUGGAACCUGCUGAGAUGAGCACAAGGGAACUGAGCAGGAAAGCCCUUUCCUCCUCCAGUGUUUCUCCAGCACCCCCUACUGACAAAGUUUAGCAUUGCACCAGCUGACAAAACCUACUUAAAGGGCCCAGCUCCAAUUUUGAAUAGCAGUCAAUGAAGAUUCCCUUUGAAGCUGAGAGCAAUAAUUGGCCCAUAUCAUUCAACAUCCUUGUGAAGAGCAGCAUAGCCGAGUGAUAAGCACGUAGCCCUCUGAAGUCAGGCUUCCUGGGUUCAAGCCUUAGCUCUGCUCCUCACUAUUAAUGUAACCUUAAGAGAUCUAUUUAAUCUCUCUGUGCCUCAGUUUCCUAAUCUGUAAAACUGGGAUAAUAAUGGUGCCAAUCUCAUUGGGCUCUUGUGCUGAUUGAGUUGAUAUUUGUAAAGCACUUAUAACAAACAGUACCUGGUACAGAGUGAGCAGUAGACCAGACUUUAUAUUACUGUUAUUGUUACUCUGUCUCAAAUCCGUCCUUCAGAUUGCAGCCAGGGUGGGUUUACCCUUGUAGGUAUGAAUUUUAAUCCAUACGACUGUGGCAUAAGAUAUUAUAUGCCUUUAUUCCUCUCUUUUCUGAGGUGGGGACAGGCAGAGGGGUGCUAAUUGUCUUCUUAGUAACUCACCCUGUCCGUAUUGCAAAAAACCCAGAAAUCUGGCUAAGUCAGAUUUAGCAACUUUGUUGCUGAAAACCCAUCUGUGGCUCCCCAUUUCUUUCAGGAGCAAAUCCAACUCCAUUUCCCUACAUGGGAGGCUCUCAGUGCCCUGCUCUUCUCACUUCACCUCCCACUACGCCCUGGCUCAGGGGUUCACUUCAGUCAUUUCAAACUUUUCAGUUUACCACCAUGUACCCUAUCAAGUGGCAUCUCUAUUUUUCAAGUUUGAUGAUUUUGCUUCCUCCAGGAACUCCAUUACCCCUCCUCUUUGCUUGGCUAAUUGUCCUUCAACCUUCAGAAAACUCAAGCAUCAUCCCCUUCAGGAAGCCUUCCCAAGUCCCUGAGCUGGGAGCAAAAUGCUCCUUUUCUGUAUGCUCCCAAAGUUGUCCUGUUGUGUUCAAGUCAUGAGCAUCCAUUCCUAGCUUCUGGGCUGAAGUUAAAGCCACUUGGGGUCUCUUGCAUGUUUCCUGUGUUUGCAUGCUCUGUUUAUUUUUCAGCAUGGACAGGGCCGUCUCUGCACUGGCUGUGCGCCACCUGCUCUAGAGCUGCUGGUUGCAGUUUCACAUGACCUGCUUCACUGUUGACUGUAGCCCUGAGCACCAAAUGGAGUCACACAGAUUGAGCAAAUGACUACAUAUGUUGAGGAUAAUGGGAUCCAGAUCAUUCAUGAAAAAAGGAAUUACAAAUAUGAAAAGGAGAAAAAUUAGCCUAAGUCCUGUGGUGUUAGAUUGGCAUUAGAGACCAGUUCCUCCUCUUGUAAUUUCUACCUUGGAAGCCAAGUCUGACUUAGACCCUGGAACCUCCCAGCGUGCUCUAGAAUGUGGCUGCAGCUUCCUAAUGGAGACGUCCUGUCUAUUCUGUCAUCCCACUUAGACCACCACAACCUCCUAUCCCGGAUCAUCAGAAGAAGAUUAUAAACUGAAUGCCAGUGCUCCUUCUCAACCCCUCUUUUCCCUUGACAAGGAGCCUUGGAAGCUACAGUUUCCAGAUGUGCUGCCUAAAGAAAAUGGAAAAUAUAACAGAGGGAUGGCUGUUUUGUACUAGACUUCAGAUGAGCAAGAAAUAAACUUUUAUUUUGCAAACCGU